AUGGAGUUUAAGCGCUCAAACUCGUCUCGCGGGCCUCUCGCCUCCGGUCGCCGUGGCCAACCACAGAAGUCAUCAAGCCGCUGCACCACACCUCUUCGAUCUACACAGCCCUUGAAGCAGCCUUCAGCCCGCGGCACACCAUCAUUAACAGGUACUGCAGACAUUUCUCCUCCCGAGAGCCCGGCGCUGCCACUGCCGCCACGCACAGCAGGAGGGAUCUCUGCUCGACACGCUACGCGUAAAGCAUCCGGAGACACCACCGCAUCUCUCCAGCGAACCAACUCAGCGACAUCGCCUAAACCUUCAAACAAGACUGACGCCUUCGAGCGCAGUGCCUCUGGGACCGGCAGCAAAGGCGCUUUUAAGCGCUCCAUCACGGCUGUCGGCAUGCGCCGCGCCGAGGCAAUUAAGCACAACAACCGCGUGAACGUGUAUGUGCGUGUGCGCGCGUUCCGUGAGGACGAGACGAGCGGGCCCAUGGGCCAGCUGGCGGUGAACAUGGACGACAGCGCAGUGGAGGUAACGGUGCCAAAGAAGGGCCGCUUCACGUUUGGCUUCGACGGGUGCUUCUGGAGCAACGACCGCGCAUGCCCGUCUGGGAAGGCGCCGGCGUCGCAGGAGGACGUGUUCGACGAGGUUGGGCGACCGCUUGUGGAGAACGCGCUGGCGGGGUACAACGCUGCGGUGAUGGCGUACGGGCAGACGGGGAGCGGGAAGACGUUCACGUCGUUCGGGCCGCCGGGGUCGAUUGGGACGUCGCAGGAGGGUCUGAUCCCGCGCGUCUGCAACAUGAUCUUCGCGCGCGCGGCGAACAGCGCGCAGAAAGGCGUGACGUACACGGUGUCUGCGUCAAUGCUGGAGGUGUACCUGGAGGACGUGUUCGACCUGCUGAAUCACCGCAAGCAGCUGAGCGUGCGGAACGACUUCACGAGCAACACGUUCAGCGUUGUUGGGCAGAAGACGGUGUCUGUGAAGAGCUACAAGGACGUGCUUGUGGUACUGAACAAGGCGGAGCCGCUGCGGACGUUCGCGGCGACGAACAUCCACGACCACUCGUCGCGCGCACACACGCUGUUCAUGCUGGAGGUGCAGACGCACUUUGACGCGCCGGAGCUUGCUCCGCGGUGCGCGAAGAUCCUGCUUGCGGACCUCGCGGGGUGCGAGCGGAUCCGGCUUGCGGGAACGGAGGAGGGGCUGGCGUUCGAGCAGGCGCGCAACAUCAACCUGUCGCUGCUCGCGCUGGGGUCGUGCAUCGAGGCGGUUGCGACGCGCGGGCGGAACAACUCGCGGUCGAUCCCGGAGUUCCGCAACAGCACGCUGACGAAGCUGCUGAAGGACUACAUUGGCGGGAACAGCAUCUCGACGAUGAUGGUGACGAUCUCGCCGGGCGAGCACGACGCGAACCUGUCUGUGCAGACGCUGCGUUUUGCUGACCGCGCGAAGCAGAUCACGACGCACGCGCGCGUGAACACGGUGGACCCGGAGCAGGCGAGGCAGGACGGGUGCGACCUGGGCGAGCAGUGGCGCGACGAGUAUCUGAGGAAGAAGGAGGCACUCUACGCGGAGUACCAGCUGAAGGGGACGAUCGAGAAGCUGCUUGCGCGGAUCGCGGACCUGGAGGCGAAGCUGCGCGAGUGCGCUGACGACGAGCUUGCACUGCACCUGACGACGGAGAUCGAAGGGCUGCAGAAGGCGCUGACGGAGGCAGACUACCAGAUGGGGCUGCAGCGGCAGAUCCUGUACGGCGAGUUCCUGAUGCUGGAGGACGAGCUGCGCGACAUGAACACCAAGAUGCAGGAGAUGAAGGAUGAGCACGAGGAGGCGAUGGAGGGCGUUCUUGGCGAGGAGGCCGGGCGGUUCGAGGACAUGAAGCGCGGAUACGAGGCGCGGCUGCGCGCGCUGCGGGACGAAAGUGAUGCAGCGCUCGGUGCGUCCGCGGACGAGAUUGCGGCGCUGCGGCGGCUGGUGGCGGAGCUUCAGGAGCGCCUCGCAGCGAAGGAGACGGAGUGCGCAGAUGUUCUGGAUCGGCUAGCUGCCCUGCAGGCGAAGUACGACGCGGACACCUCUGCCGGCGAGCGCGCACGUGGUGAGCUGGAGGAUCAGCUGAGGUCCAUGCGCGCGCUGCUCUUAGAGCAGGAGGGCGCAUCGUUAGAGCUGCGCAAGCAGAUCGAGGAGCGCGACGCACAGCUCGCCACAGUGGAGACGCACCUGGAGGAGACGCACACGCAGGCCACCACGCUCACAGAGCAGCUUACAGCUGCGACACGCGCAGCGGCGGAACGCAAGGAGGAGCUUGAGCGGGAGCUACAGGCCUUACAGAGUGUGGUGGAGGAGCUGCGCACGGACAUGGCCACCACCGAGGAGGCGCUGCAGGAGAACACCGCCAAGCUGGCGGUCACCGAGGAGACGCUGCAGGAGACAUCCGGGAAGCUCGCUGACACCGAGGAAGCGCUGCAGGAGACGUCCGCCAAGCUGGCCGACACCGAGGAGACGCUGCAGGAGACAUCCGCCAAACUGGCGGUCACCGAGGAAGCGCUGCAGGAGACGUCCGCCAAGCUGGCCGACACCGAGGACACGCUGCAGGAGACGUCCGCCAAGCUCGCUGACACCGAGGAAGCGCUGCAGGAGACAUCCGCCAAGCUGGCUGACACCGAGGAGACACUCUCUUUGGAAGUGAUAUCCGUGAAAGAGCAACUUCGUGCUGCUCAAGUGCUUAGCGAGCAGCAGUGUGUUUACCUUGACCACGUGAUGGCGUAUGUGGGUGCAUCGUACAGUGUUGCUCUGGAUGGGCUGACAGAACUGCAGUGGAUGGCUGUUGAGGAUAUGGUGAUGCAGACCGGCUCUGUUGUUCGCCGUGUGAGCCAAGCUGCACAUGACGAGGUGGAGCGCAUGAAGGAGAUGUGCAGCAUUGCGGAUGACAACUAUAAAAUGACGGCAGAGCGAUUUGACAUCCUGCGCCGCAUUCUUGGCAAGAUCGACCAAGAUGUGAAGGAGGCGAGUGUGGAGAUCGACAGUCAGGAGCGGCGCCAGAGUGACACUUCUCGCGCGACGCCGCAUCGCUUGGGUGACGUGUCGAACCGCGAGAACAGCAUGGAGCGCAAGUCAUCGGCGUAG